CUGCAACCUGUCUUCGGCCGCGCCGCUGCCCGACGGCGCGGCCACCGCGGCGCGGCUUCUGGUGCCCGUGUCGCCGCCCGCCUCGCUGCUGCCCCCCGCCAGCGAGGGCCCCGCGCCGCUGUCGCAGCAGUGGACCGCGGGCAUGGGCCUGCUGCUGGCGCUCGUCGUGCUGCUCAUCGUGGUGGGCAACGUGCUGGUGAUCGUGGCCAUCGCCAAGACGCCGCGGCUGCAGACGCUCACCAACCUCUUCAUCAUGUCCCUGGCCAGCGCGGACCUGGUCAUGGGGUUGCUGGUGGUGCCGUUCGGGGCCACCAUCGUGGUGUGGGGCCGCUGGGAGUACGGCUCCUUCUUCUGCGAGCUCUGGACUUCGGUGGACGUGCUGUGUGUGACGGCCAGCAUCGAGACGCUGUGUGUCAUCGCCCUGGACCGCUACCUCGCCAUCACGUCGCCAUUCCGCUACCAGAGCCUGCUGACGCGGGCGCGGGCGCGGGCCCUCGUGUGCACCGUGUGGGCCAUCUCGGCGCUGGUGUCCUUCCUGCCCAUCCUCAUGCACUGGUGGCGGGCCGAGAGCGACGAGGCGCGCCGCUGCUACAACGACCCCAAGUGCUGCGAUUUCGUCACCAACCGGGCCUACGCCAUCGCCUCGUCCGUCGUCUCCUUCUACGUGCCCCUGUGCAUCAUGGCCUUCGUGUACCUGCGGGUGUUCCGCGAGGCCCAGAAGCAGGUGAAGAAGAUCGACAGCUGUGAGCGCCGCUUCCUCGGCGGCCCCGCGCGGCCGCCCUCCCCGGCAUCCUCGCCCGCGCCCGGGCCGCCGCGCCCCGCGGACUCGCUGGCCAACGGGCGCUCCAGCAAGCGGCGGCCCUCGCGCCUCGUGGCCCUGCGCGAGCAGAAGGCGCUCAAGACGCUGGGCAUCAUCAUGGGCGUCUUCACGCUGUGCUGGCUGCCCUUCUUCCUGGCCAACGUGGUGAAGGCCUUCCAUCGCGACCUGGUCCCCGACCGGCUCUUCGUCUUCUUCAACUGGCUGGGCUACGCCAACUCGGCCUUCAACCCCAUCAUCUACUGCCGCAGCCCGGACUUCCGCAAGGCCUUCCAGCGCCUCCUGUGCUGCGCGCGCCGGGCCGCCCGCAGGCGCCACGCAGCGCAUGGGGACCGGCCGCGCACCUCGGGCUGCCUGGCCGGAGCGGGGCCGCCGCCGUCCCCCGGAGCGCCCUCGGAUGAUGAGGACGACGACGGGGCCACGCCGCCCGCGCGCCUGCUGGAGCCCUGGGCUGGCUGCAACGGCGGGGCGGCGACAGUGGACAGCGACUCCAGCCUGGACGAGCCGGGCCGCCAGGGCUUCGCCUCCGAGUCCAAGGUGUAGAGGGCCAGGCUCCCGGCGCGCAGACGCCGGUGUCCCCAUCGCCCCAGCCUGGACGCUGGGCUCUGCGCCCCUGCGGGAGAGGAGCCCGCUCCUGCAGGCAGCCCUGAACCGCGGCCCAGGGGAAAGAGAUCUCUGUUUACUCAAGAUCGAAAGCAGGUGAAAGCCCACGGAUCUGUCAGAAUCAUCCAAGACAAACAGAAAAGCCACGGACCGGUGCACAGAAAGGAAAGUUGGGGGAAGAGUUGGGAGAGUGGCUCACUGAUGUUUCCUGGGCUCUUUUCUGUCUGUGGUUCGGCCUUCUUUUGUGUGUGCGCGUGAUGCAUCUUUAGAUAUUUCUUUUUUGUGUGUUCCAGGUGGGUUCUGAUACUUCCUGCUAGGACCCGAAACUGGAAACUGGGUGGGGAGGGGGAGGGGCGUGGAGUCUGUCACCUUGCCUUCCGUUCUGUACCUAGGAACAGUAGUGAGCCCUGGGGGGUGGUAAUUAGCCUUGGAGUGUUUCCUUUUGCUUUCUAAAGAAAUUGCUUAUUAAUUCCGGAGUAACGGUGUCUCCUGUUCUUAAAGCAAAGGGAAAAGAUGGAUUCGAAACAACCACCCAAAAAUCUUGUUUCAAGAAAUGUUAAGCUAUGAUUCUUGGAACUCUGUCACCUUGCUUUCCUUCUGUAGGGCAAAGCCUGCCCCCUGCGCCUCGGUGGUCCAGCUGACGGUUUUCUACCUCACCCUGUGCAUAUUGCACAGCAAGAUAGAAAGACUUGUUUAUAUUAAACAGCUUAUUUAUGUAUCAAUAUUAGUUGGAAGGACCAGGCGCUGAGUCUCUCUCUGUGACAUGUGACUCUGUCAACUGAAGAUAGUACAGAAAAAAAAAAAAAAAAUUAAAAGGAAA